CACAGCAUCACAGCCCUUACGAUGUGUGCGAGACCAACACCCCCCGAAGGGGCACUGUCGGGUGAGGACAGGAAACGGAAGUGGUCCUCCCAGGACGUUUAAGUCUUGUUGGCGCGCGGCGCUAAAGCGAGUGCACGAGGUUUUGUGGCGUGACAGUCAUCAGUGAUUUUGAGGAUUUCUUGGUGUCUCUGUGGAGCUGUUGAGGUUUCUCCUUACUGGAGGCUGUGGGAUCUUCCAUUCAUUCUGACCGCAGCCCACAUACCGACUCCCCUCCAGCUUUGGAAGGUGGGCUGAGACCCAGGGUGAACAUGCCAGCUAAUAGGAAAUCACCCCAGAGGUUCCCUGCCCUGGUUCCAGGACAGUCUGGCAGAUCAUUUGAGAUUGUUGUUGCAGGGAUCUGUGUCAUUUGAGGACGUGGCUGUGGAUUUUACCCGACAGGAAUGGCACAGACUGGACCCUGCUCAGAGGACCAUGCACAAGGAUGUGAUGUUGGAGAACUACAGCAACCUGGCAUCUGUGGCUCAUGAAGAUGCACCUUCCUCCUCCAUCAGAGGCCCUAAGCUCAGACAACUUGGCCCAUGUCCUGUGCCAUUUCCCAUUAACAGGCCUCUGCGUGGCCAAACCAGAGAUGAUCUUCAAGUUGGAGCGAGGAGAAGAGCUGUGGAUAUUAGAGGAGGAAUCCUCAGGCCAUGGUUACCCAGGAUCUCUCUCAAUGCUGUGUGGCAACAGUUCUGUUGGGGGUAAUGCCGUCAGGCAUGAUAAUGACCUUCGGCAUCAGAAGAUUCAAACUUUGGAUCAAGCUGUUGAAUAUAAUGGAUAUGAGAAAGUCUUCUACAAGAAAACAGACUUUGUUGGACAUAAAAGAACACACACAGGAGUAAAAAACUUUGGAUGUCAUGAAUGUGGGAAAACUUACUGCAGGAAAUCAAAUCUUAUUGAACAUCUGAGAAUACACACAGGGGAGAGACCUUAUAAAUGUGGUGAAUGUGCAAAGACCUUUAGUGCAAGAUCAUACCUCAUUGCUCAUCAGAAAACUCACACAGGGGAGAAACCCUUUGAAUGUAAUGAAUGUAGGAAAUCUUUUGGCAGGAAGUCACAACUCAUUCUACAUCAGAGAACACACACAGGAGAGAGACCCUAUGAAUGUACUGAAUGUGGGAAAACCUUUUCUGAGAAGGCAACCCUCAUGAUUCAUCAGAGAACUCACACAGGAGAGAAGCCCUAUGAAUGUAGUGAAUGUGGAAAAACAUUUCGAGUUAAGAUAUCCCUUACCCAACACCAGAGAACUCACACAGGGGAGAAACCAUAUGAAUGUGGUGACUGUGGGAAAAACUUCCGUGCAAAGAAAUCCCUAAAUCAGCAUCAAAGAAUUCACACAGGUGAGAAACCCUAUAAAUGUGAUGAAUGUGGGAAAUUCUUCAGAAUGAAAAUGACUCUCAAUAAUCAUCAGAGAACUCACACAGGUGAAAAACCCUAUCAAUGCAAUGAAUGUGGGAAAUCUUUCAGGGUACACUCAUCUCUUGGGAUACAUCAGCGAAUUCACACAGGAGAGAAACCUUACGAAUGUAAUAAAUGUGGUAAUGCCUUUUAUGUGAAAGCACGCCUGAUAGAACAUCAGAGAAUGCAUUCCGGAGAGAAACCCUAUGAAUGUAGUGAAUGUGGAAAAAUCUUCAGUAUGAAGAAAUCCCUUUGUCAACACCAGAGAACUCACACAGGAGAGAAACCCUAUGAAUGUAGUGAAUGCGGAAACGCCUUCUAUGUCAAAGUACGCCUCAUUGAACAUCAGCGAAUUCACACAGGAGAGAGACCCUUUGAAUGUCAAGAAUGUGGGAAAGCCUUUUGCCGGAAAGCACACCUCACAGAACAUCAGAGAACUCACAUAGGCCGGCCCUUGCCUUGUACUAUGGAGAAAGCUUCUUUGUGAAGACUUCCAUCACCAUCUGAUCAAGCCCUUCGGGUCUGAUCUGGUCACCACGCACCCUUCGUGGUGAUCUGGUCACCACGCACACAGAGUACACCUGUAACAAUUUGGCUCCUACACUGGUGUGAAAAUACAUCCUGAUUCCCGUUAGGGGAUAAGCUCAUUGUUGUUUUCAUUUCGUUUGGAUUUCCCUCAUUAAUGGUGAGGUGGAGUAGCUUCUUACCUGUUGAUUGGCCAUUUGGGUUUUUUCUUCUCUUCGCUGACUGUUCUAUAUCCUUUGCUCAUUGUUUAUAAUGGGCUGCUUAUUUUUUACUUCUUGGUUUAAGUGUCAUGUUUGUUUUUUAAUAUAUGAGAAUAUAAAAGUCUUUUUCAGUCAUGUGUGUUACAGAUAUCUCCUCAUGGACUGUGCCUGGUUAUUUAACUUUGUUAAGUCUUCUGCUGAGGUUUUAUGUUCGAAUAUUAUCAGGUUCAAGGUGAUAAUGUUCUCCUAUUCUUUCCUGUAAAGUUAAGGUUUUCCUUUCAACAUUGAGAAUUUUUCAUCUAUCCUGAAAGUUUUUGUGUGUAUAGUGUGAAUUGUACAGUAUAUAAUACUCUGUUGCUUUUAAAAACUUUACAUAAAUGGUAUUAAAUGGCGUUGAAAGUUCUGCAGCUUGCUCUUUUCAUGCAGUGUUACCUUUCCAUGGUCUAUCCAUGUUGACAAAUGUAGGUCUGGUUCAUUCGUUUCUCCCUCCAUUCCCCUGGUGCAAGACAUUUGUAUCGUGUCUGUGUUUGGUGUCUAAAUCUAAAAGUGGAACUGAUGGGUCAUAGAGUGUAGGCAGUGUUUAAGUUGUUGAGCUCUUGUACCCUAGCUCCAAUGCGCCCCUUCUACACUGUGCUUUGUGUUGCUCGGGCUGUGACUCUACAAAACAUGUUUCUGUCUUGCCAUCUGCUUCCUGUUGGGCCUUGCCAAUAAGAAAUACUAAAUAUAAACUUUGGGGGUGAGGAAGGAAGAAGGGACCUGUUCCUUUUUUUCCCUUCCUGUUAGCUCCCUGUUCAUCUGAGUGUCAGCCCGGUGUUGCUUCUUCCCUUGGCCAGCAGCACUUCCUCGGGGUGGUAGUAGUUUAAUCCAGGUUAUGGAUUUCCAGCACUCACAGAACAGCCUAUGGUACCCCACCCACCCCCUCAGAGACACUAGCAGCGGCUGGCAGUGCCACCUCCUUAGAGGUAUGAGUCCCACCCACAUGACACUACUCCUCCACCUUUUCAAUGUUUAAUAAUUCCAGUUUCUUCCCUGGUUAACCUUAGCCCAGCUGCUUCUUGCAGUUGCUACCUCCAUGAUAAUUUUAUUGUUCUCUUUCUGUCUUUUCAGUUACAUGGUUAAUAAUUUUGUGACUAGUUAAAAAUUCUUUAUAAUAAGUUCUUUUCACUACUAUAACCAGUAAUGUGUCUGUCCGCUAGCUGGGUUCUUCAGAUUGAUACAGAAGUUUUUCAGCUUUGUUAAAUAAUUGGAUUUCUUCCCUCUAGGUUGUACUAAUUUAUACUCUCAUGAGCAGUUUGAGAUGAAGUUUACAUUUUCCCAUGUAUUCACCAGGACUUAUUAGCAGUCUUUCAAAUUGUUGCCAGUCUGAAAAGUGUAAAAUGGCUUUAAGCCAUUGUAUCCAUGAAUAUGGUUUGUCUGUAUUUUAUCUUUUAACUCACCGUUUUGACCUUCAAUAGUAUUUUGUGGUUUUCUCCAAAAAAUUGUUUUUUAAAGCUAAUUUUUAAUAGA